AUGCUGGGAUUUUCAUAUGGAGAGCUCUUCCUCUUUCUUGGGGCUACCGCUGCUCUCAUUGGCCCCAAAGACCUCCCAAUCAUAGCAAGAACAGCAGGCAGAUUAGCUGGUCGUGCAAUUGGUUAUGUUCAAUUAGCCCGUGGCCAAUUAGAAGCCGUCAUGCAGCAAUCUCAAGCUCGCCAGGUGCAUAAAGAACUGCAAGAUACCAUGGCUCAACUAGAAGCCAUUCGUCAUGAAAUCCGAACCAUCUCGUUCAUGAAUCCUGGUCCAUUGACUACAAGACUAGUGAAUAAUCUUAACCUUACAUCUACUAGUAAUGGGAACAGUGAACCUGAAAUGCUUGAAGAAAAGAAUUCAUUGAUAGCUUCCAGUUCUAAGGAUUGCAUUUCAACAGCCUCAGGCUCAUCUGAUUUGCACAGUCAAGCAACUACGUAUGAAAGAUUGGCUGAAUCCACUGUUCAAAAUGCAGAAGCUAUUAAUGAGUUAACUGAUGAAUCCGGCCUUGUUGUCUUUCCUGUCUCCGCCGAAAGUGCUGGAAUGUUGCCAAAUCGCGGAGAUGAUGCAAAGGGAUCUGACAUAUUACUGGAAGCAAUAGUAGAGGCGGAGGUGGCACGCAAUGCGAAAGAUUUUUUUGCGCAGCCCCAAAAUCAAAUAAAAUGUGACUAAAAAGGUAUCAGCUUUUGAAUUCUAAUUGCGUUUUUUGUUUGUUGUCUGUUAGCAUUGAUAAAUCAACAUUUGUAUGUAUCUUUUAAAUGUUUGUGGGAGUUCCUGAUAAUGAGUUAAACUCGGCAAGAAUUUUAGUCCCACUUUUGGAGCAGUAUGACAAAUACUUGUUAAUAUGCAUGUAUAACUCAGUGUAAUGGCUUUGUAUGAUGUAAUGUAUGUUGUAUUGAGUUUUAAAUCAAAUUUUUGCAUUUUUGCUAUGGCAGAUGAGCCAAGUGCCAUGCCAAGAGGAGUCAUGUGGGGGAAAAGGA